UAGAUCUCGAAUUCCGGUAUUCGCUGUUUACGGGAUCGACUGAGAGCUUCACGUCCGGGAAUUCAAGAUCUUCCGCGCGGUGACUGUGGCCCAGGACGUUGUACGAAGAGGAUGUUUAGUGCAUGAAGAUGGCAGUUUGAGCGGCAAAGACACUGAACCGUCAUCGAGCCCUCGAUCGAACUGCUCGGCCUCAAGAUGCCGAAGGACGACAUGAACAAUGUCAACGACCCAGUCGACACCCACAAUGAAGACACCUCGGUCGCCAUCCAGCAGGGCAAGAUCGAACCUGAACAAGGACCACGACCGGAUUCUGAACAGGUUUUCACUCCGCCCAAUGGCGGACUCGAGGCAUGGCUGCUGGUUCUAGCCUUGUUUCUUAUUUUUGCGAACACCUGGGGUACCACAAGCACAUUCGGUGCAUUUCAAGCAUUCUACCUCCACACUCUUCUUUCGAACCAGUCGGCAUCGGCCAUCUCCUGGAUUGGCAGCGUCCAGGCUUUUCUCGUCGUUUUUGUGGGCGUCUUCGCCGGGCCCUUGUUUGACAUGGGAUGGCUCCGGCCGAUGGCAUUUGUUGGAUCCUUUUUGACGGUUUUCGGCAUGUUCAUGACCAGCCUUGCACAUACUUACUACCAAGUAUUCCUAGCGCAAGGGGUCUGUGUCGGUCUCGGCUCUGGUCUGACCUACGUCCCAGCUCUUGCAAUCGUGUCCAAGUACUUCACGUCAAAGAGGCCAAUUGCCAUCGGAGUAGGGGCUGUCGGUUCCAGCGUCGGCGGCGUUGUCUUUCCCAUCAUGUUCCGACAAUUGCAGCCGCAAAUAGGUUUCGGCUGGACAGUCCGAUCGCUGGCUUUCAUCAAUCUGGCAUUCGCCGUUGUUGCCUGCGUCAUCCUCGGCCAGCAUCCAGGUCAAACGCGGAAGGCGCGAUCGUUGAUUGAUAUUUCGGCUUUUCGAUCUCCGAUCUUCGUGCAGUGGACCUUGGCUUUAUUCUUGGUCUACCUGGCAUACUACGUUCCAUUGUUCUUCAUCGUGUCAUAUGCUCGAUAUGGGUUGGGCAGUAGCGAGAAUUUCGCCUUCUACAUGUUGUCAAUCCUCAAUGGCAGCUCGACUCUGGGGCGGAUCGUACCCUACAUCCUAGGGCGAAAGGUCAAACCGAUUUACACGCUUAUCUUCUCCUGCUUGCUUGGGGCCGUCCUCAUCUUCGCCUGGAUCGCCAUUGACAGCCGGGCUGCUUUUGUCGUCUGGUGUGUGCUGUGGGGAUUUGUCGCCGGCGUACUCGUCACGGCGCCCACAUCAAUCGUGGCACAUCCUCUCCUGUCUCCGUCAUUGGACGUCGUUGGAACUCGGCUGGGUAUGAGCUGGUCUGCGGCAUCUGUCGGCACGGUCAUCGGCCCUCCUAUUGCAGGGGUUCUUGUUGAUGUCGCUUCGGGAAACUUUGUUCAUGGCCAGAUCUUUGGCGGUGUUGUCAUGGCCGCGGGCACUGCAUGUUUGAUAUGGCCCCUGAUAGCGAUAGAGAGAUACGAUAGGUCCAAGAGUUGAUCAUGCCUCCGUCCCAAGUGGGUAUCUGGGCAUCAGAUUUCGACGGCUUGAAAAAUGAUGCCGAGUGGGAUGAGAAAAUAGGUACAUAGUUACGGUUAGUGGCUGAGACGAGGAUGCACGCCGAAUGUGGACAAAAUGUG